AUGGAUCUUCUCAAGGAAGCAGCCCUCUGCUUUGGCAUCAAUAUCUGGACGGAAACGCUCGCUUGGAACGACGAUAUGGUAGGCUGGAGCAUCGGAGAAGUCUUGAUCCAUGUACCAUAUUCCCUGAAGGGGUUUCUGGUCGGUCUGAUCAUCCUCAACCUCCCAAACAUCCGAGACCUAAGCAUCAUACUUCCGCCAGCGUCGCACAUGGCUGUGACCGAGCUGCUGCGUCUUGUUCAGAAACUGAGGGUAGUCGACAACGAUACGCAACCGAUCCUUCACCUCGAAAGUAUUGCGGUCAGGAACUGGAACUUUGACGGCGUUCAACCCAGCGGUUUCGAAACACUAUUUUCUUUCAGACCCCAUGCAUCAAUAUACUUCGGCAACUGCAUUCUAUACCCGCCUCCGACAUGGGCCCCGAACAUCACGUCGCUGGUAUUCCGAGAUGUCAAGGGCAUUAUGCUGUCGACCGUCUGCAAACUCAUCAACGACUCCCUGCGUCUGACGAAAUUUAUCUACAUCCAGAAGAUUGACAACGAAAACUGUCCUGUGCUCAGCCCUGGUUCAAUGUUCCAGGCGCUGAAGAAGCACGGCUCAAGCCUGAAAACCCUCUGCCUGGGGUUUUCCUUGCCGUACGAAUCAUUCCUCGACCAGAUUCCUCCGCCCUACAUCGACUCCUUCGAGGAUUUCACGGUUCUUGAGCAGAUGUGGAUCAACUGCUCCUGCUUUGGGGACCGCUAUGAUGUUGGUAGCAAAGUCCUUCGAACGAUUCCAACCUCCUUGUGGAGGCUUCAUUUUGCUGGCAGCGUCGAAAUCAUCGAGGAUGACUUGUUGCGCUGGGCUGUGAUACUUUCGGGGAAACGCUUUGAUGAAGAGGAUGACGAGGGAGAUGACGUGGGAGAUGACGAGGGAGAUGACGAGGGAUACGAUGAGGAAGACGACGAGGAAGACAAUGACGCAGGCGAUGGGGAAGACGACGAGGAAGACAUGGGGGAAGGCCUGGAGGAAGACGACAAUGACAACGACUAUGUCCAUAUCCCAGAGCAUCUGGCUUGGGAUAUCGGCUUGGACAACUUUGACCAUGAGGUUCAUGAAGCUUUUCGGGACAGCAAACGGGUUGACUUCUUUGAGGCACCUUCCCCUUUGCCUGGUAUCUUUUAG